AUGACCUAUCGCCUAUACGUCAUUGACCACAUCGUUUACGUCAAUGACAGGAAUACGAAUAGACCCCUGGAAUUAGCCUUGGACCACACAUGGAACUACAUUGAGGGAAAGAAUACCACUGCGCCCCCCCAUCCAAAGACGAACAUGAGGGCUGGGUGCGAACCCGCUCAACAGGCAGUCUUCCGUCACUUCAAAAGUCCCGCUGCCACUCUAUUCAAAGCGCUGAAGAGUGCGUAUGGAUACUCUGGUGCCUCCGCGGAAUUCUACGCAAGACAGAAAUAUGAUAACACCAAAAUUAAUAACCAUGAAUCCACAGCAGACUAUCGGACAGACCUCGUAAACCUCGCUCACCACGUCAACAGGGAGAUCACUGGCAACCAGGGGCGCAUUGAAGAUAGAACGAUCGCCAUGCAUCUCAUUCACUCCCUCUCUCCUUGCAUGCGCACCUUGCAAACGAUCCUCGUCAGAACCACCCCGACGGCAUGUACAAUCUUGGCGAACUUCGAAGAGCGAGGACGAAGGGGAGGAGAGACCCCAACAAUCCAACUUGGAUCACUCGCGAAAGCUGCUGGAGAUGCGGGAAGACUCCCUGUUGGCACGCUUCCGGGAUCCGCGGAAGAAAUACGUUCAGGAGUGCUUUAUCUGCCCACAACCUUAAGGAUUCCCAUAUCGGUUUUCACAACCAUCGCCCCUUUAUGGCCCUCUCUCUACUUCUGCAGUGACCCCACCAUUCUGGGGAGUGUUCUGGACACACAAUUCCGUUGAGCGAGGAUCCACUCAACGCGCGAACGGUCAAAAUUACCAAAGAAAGUUAAUAGGUGGGGUGCGCAGGAGGCCAAAUUACGAAGCCUAAUUAUUGUGAGAUGCGCAGCACGGUAGUUCUGGUAACGGUAUCAUCAAGCU